UUUUGGCUCCUUUCUAAGCCUGCACGUCAUUCUUACAACGCAGAUGGAUUUACAGAGUUUAGUUGUGACAAUUUACUUGCCUUUAGAUGAAAAACGAGGCAGAAACUAUUGGAAGAAGACUGGCAAUAUUUAAGAGAGCCCAUGCAAGAGGGGGCCGGGUCCUACAUGCCUUGCGAGCUGAGCGCCGGCCGGCUCACGGCGCAGGCGCAGUGGGGUCUGACUCGCCAUGCCGACUGUCAGCGUGAAGCGGGAUCUGCUCUUCAAAGCCCUGGGUCGGACCUACACUGACGAAGAAUUUGAUGAACUAUGUUUUGAAUUUGGUCUGGAACUUGAUGAAAUUACUUCUGAGAAAGAAAUCAUAAGUAAGGAACAAGGUAAUGAAAAGGCAGAGGGAGCCUCUAAUAUUGUUCUUUACAAAAUUGACAUCCCUGCCAAUAGAUAUGAUCUCCUGUGUUUGGAAGGAUUGGUUCGAGGACUUCAAGUCUUCAAAGAAAGGAUAAAGGCUCCAAUGUAUAAGCGGGUAAUGCCUAAUGGAGAAAUCCAGAAAUUGAUGAUCACUGAAGAGACAGCUAAAAUACGUCCUUAUGCUGUGGCAGCAGUUCUCCGAAAUAUAAAGUUCACUAAAGAUCGAUAUGACAGCUUCAUCGAACUCCAGGAGAAAUUACAUCAGAACAUUUGCAGGAAAAGAGCCUUGGUUGCUAUUGGUACUCAUGAUUUGGACACUUUGUCAGGCCCUUUUACAUAUACAGCAGAGCGACCUUCAGAUAUCAAAUUCAAGCCUCUAAAUAAGACCAAGGAGUAUACAGCCUGUGAACUGAUGAAUAUAUACAAGACUGACAACCACCUUAAACAUUAUUUACAUAUCAUUGAAAAUAAACCCCUGUACCCAGUUAUCUAUGAUAGCAAUGGUGUCAUCCUUUCAAUGCCUCCGAUUGUCAAUGGAAAUCAUUCCAAAAUAACCGUAAAUACUAAAAAUGUAUUUAUUGAAUGCACAGGAACUGACUUCACUAAGGCAAAAAUAGUUCUUGAUGUUAUUGUCACCAUGUUCAGUGAAUAUUGUAAGAAUCAAUUUAUGGUUGAAGCAGCUGAAGUAGUUUUUCCUAAUGGAAAAUCCUAUACCUUUCCAGAACUGGCUUACCGAAAGGAGAUAGUGAGAGCUGAUCUAAUUAACAAAAAAGUUGGAAUCAGAGAAACUCCAGAAAAUAUUGCCAAGCUUCUAACCAGGAUGUGUUUAAAGUCAGAAGUAAUAGGUGAUGGGAAUCAGAUUGAGAUCGAAAUCCCACCGACCAGAGCUGACAUUAUCCAUGCAUGUGAUAUUGUAGAAGAUGCAGCUAUUGCCUAUGGAUAUAACAACAUUCAGAUGACUCUCCCGAAAACCUACACCAUAGCUAAUCAAUUUCCUCUUAAUAAGCUCACAGAACUCCUAAGACAUGACAUGGCAGCCACUGGAUUCACGGAAGUGCUUACCUUUGCUCUGUGCUCCCAAGAAGAUAUUGCUGAUAAACUUGGUUUGGACAUCUCUGCAACAGAGGCUGUCCACAUAAGUAAUCCUAAAACAGCUGAAUUUCAGGUGGCACGCACUACCCUUCUUCCUGGCCUCCUAAAGACCAUAGCUGCGAAUCGGAAGAUGCCCCUUCCUCUGAAACUCUUUGAAAUCUCUGACAUCGUAGUAAAAGAUUCUAGCAGAGAUGUAGGUGCAAGAAACUACAGGCAUCUCUGUGCUGUUUAUUACAACAAGAAUCCUGGGUUCGAGAUAAUCCAUGGGCUACUAGACAGAAUCAUGCAGUUGCUUAAUGUGCCUCCUGGUGAAAAGAAGGGCGGAUAUGUGAUCAAAGCAUCAGAAGGCCCUGCUUUCUUCCCUGGGAGAUGCGCAGAGAUCUUUGCCAAGGGUCAGAGCAUCGGGAAGCUUGGGGUCCUUCAUCCUGAUGUCAUCACCAAAUUUGAGCUGACUAUGCCCUGCUCCUCCCUGGAAAUCAAUAUCGAGCCCUUUUUGUGAAGAUGGGUCUCUGCUGUGUGACUCUCUCCCUGAGUGUCCCCUUCUCCUUCCCUGUCAUCCUGUAGCCAUCUCCACAGGGACCAUCCAUUUGUGCUUUAAUGUUUAAUAAAGUAGAAAGUGAUGGCUGGCUCCAUGGGUCAUUGCUGCCUGCUCCCUGCAUUAGGACAGCUUGUGGAACAUGGUGUCCGUGAAGCUGCAUGGUUAGGAAAAGCCCAGAGGAGCGCAGGA